CUAUAACUGGAUGCUUCAGUUUUACUGGUCAAACCAUAGCCUCGCACUUGUGAGAGUCGCAGAGUUAGGCUCUGGUUGUUAGACGGUCAGUGGUUAAAAGUUCAUCAUUUCCUAAAAUUACUUAGUGUUGAGUUGAUAGAAAGGUGGUGACAGCUAUGUUGUCCACCCCGAGGAAGCUCUUAUGCUUUAAGAAGGAGCCGAAAACCCCCUUGGGGUUUUGUGACGGCCCAAGCAGGGCAACGGGAUCCUUGUCCUGCUUUCACUGUGGAACUGAAGACAGGUACUGCCAGCCUUAUGACCCUGAAAACGAAUUUCAUGAGGCAGUAUGCAUGGGAAAGCUCAAAGUGGUGGUGCGUCUCCUCGGGAAGAAGCAAUUUCAUGUGAACGAUGAGGAUGAAGGGAAACGAACUGCGCUCCACUUUGCGUGCUUCUAUGGGCAUAUCGAUCUGGUUCGUUUUCUGAUAUUUAAGGACUGUGAGAUAAAUGCCCUUGAUAAUCAAAUGUCCACACCACUAAUGAAGGCUGUACAGAGCUGGGAGACAGAGAUCGUGUCUGUCCUACUUGAUCAUGGAGCAGAUCCCAAUAUCAAAGACUGCAACGGAGAAGCAGUGAUCCACCAUGCAGUGUAUGUAGACAGGCCAGAUAUUGCCAGCAGUCUUCUUGAAUUUGGGGGAAACAUUGAAGAUACUACAAAGGAUGGGUUGACCCCUCUGCUGCUAGCACUCCGAGAAAGGAAACCCCGCAUGGCAGCAUACCUAAUCACACACGGUGCGAAUCUUCACGUAUCUGAUCAAUAUCUAAGAACAACACUCAUGUAUGCUGUUAGAUGGGAUUGUGAAAUUAUGGUUGAAAUUUUACUGAAGAAAGGUGUUGAUCACCAGUUAAAGGACACAUUUGGAUGGAGUGCUCUUUAUUAUGCCAUUAUGGGGAAACGCAAAACGAAAUCAGCCUGAAGAUGUCUUUUCAUCAGGGUAAGAUUUUAAGGUCUUUGAAUAUGAAUGUUAACUUAUAAUUAGAAGCAGAAAAAAGAACUAAUGUUUAUUGAAUAUUGUGUUCUUCACUGAUUCCAUCUGAUUUAUUUAGUGUCCAUGAUGCAUUAAUAUAAUCAUACAUUUUAAAGCUUUUAUAUCCUUGUGACUAAGUGUCUUACUACUUUAGUAAACGUCAUCCAGAGAGUUUGAUUAAUUCUAUGAUCCCAUAGGUAACAAGUUGCCAGCUCUUGACUGAACUGUCAGCCUGUGCAUUCUCUUGUUCCUGUGACUGCAUUGAGAUGAUCUCAUGUAGAAAACCAGUUUUCCUUAUGUGUCAACUCUGGAUUAGAGUUUUCCUGAGAAACCUGUCUAUAACUCCAUAGUUUUUCUUUUUGAAAGUUGUUCUUAGACACUACAUUGCUAUCAAGAUUGGAGGGGGAACCUCUCUUAAUUGUGUCUGUAGUGCCAUAGGUUUGAAAUGAGCAAGAUGACAGAAGGCUUGGAAUUACAUUAUUGGAAUGGUAGUCCAUGUGCACAUAUACCAUGUUAUGUUGAUACAAUUGAGCAUCUAUAUAAGGGACAUUAUGAACUUAUACUCAGUUUUGUUUUCUCUUCAAACUACUGGACUGCCUGGGUACAGGAAGGUUUUUUUUUUUUCUUGUUUUAUCAAGUCUUUGUUUCCCCAUGACACUAAGCAUUUUGAAAUUUUUUACUGUACAUUUAUUUUUCCUCGUGUUUCUUGACCUAUAGUUUAGAAUUUUUGACUGCCAGGUACUGCUUCUUGUUUUAUUAGAAAAUCUCAUAUCUGAAAAAUUUGUAGUUUUUAAGGAAUUUUGAAAACUAAUAAAAAUAUCCUGAGCACAGAAUGCUAGAUCCAACAUUAUACAUAAACAGUUGCUCUGAGGGAGAAGCCAAAAUUAAAACACAGUAUUCUAUGGAGGUGGAAAUACAAAUGGCCCAAUUUAGAUUCCCAUGCAUUCCUUCACUAAAAGACCAGUCCUUACUGACCAGUAUUUGAUUGAGAAUUUCUGUAGGAAAAUAUGGGAAUGAGUCAAGUGUUCCAAGAAUAGCAUUAAAAGUAGCCUAAUGGUGGAUGAUUUGAAUGACUUUAACAGGGGAAGGGCAAUUUCGAAAGGAAAAUCAUGGAGGCCAAUAGGACGAAGAGUUUGGCCUCGUAAUUAGUUUUUGAAAGACAAUAAAGUUAUUUACAUAGACACAGGAUGGUGAAAAUCAUCUGGGAAUGGAUAGGGUUGAAUGUAAUUUGGAAACUAUACUACCUUUUGUGCUUAAUUGAUAGAAAUGACAAAUAGAUUCUUCUGUUGAAACUUACUUGAGCAACCUGAAGUCUUUAUAGAAAACAGGAAUGUGGUAUCACAGAGGGUGGGCUAGAGAAUGUUCAGAACCAAGGGCUGAAAUGAAAAAUAUCUGUGAUCCUCUGCCACUGCUUCCUUUCCUGUUACCUUUGCCAAAUUCCUGUCCUUUUCAGAUUGGAAUUGCAGAAAAUAAUCAUAGAAUUUUGUAACAUAUCUAGGCUUGGGAUGUGUGUUGCUGACCCUCCAUUUAGCUUAUUUGCCUGAACCAGGGACUUCAGCCUGUCCUUCUUCUGUUCCUCCCAUUAUGGGCCAUUCAGAUCAUGUCCCUCCAUCUUUUGUGCCUAUCAUAGCCCUUCAUUAGUUGCCCUCUAAAAGACCUCCUUUCCUUGUUCCUUGGCCCUUUUAGUUCAUGCUUUAAUCACUGGAGCAAUUUCCUGCUAAAUCAGAAUCAUUAUUUACUAAAAUACAUGUUGGGACAUAUCAUCCUAUAAGUACAAGUCAGGUACCUUAAUAGCUCCCAGAUACCCACAAGAUGUUCUGAAAAGCUUAGCAUGCAUGCCAAGAUGCUCCGUUAUCUGAUGCCAACUUUCUCUUCUUGCUCUUUGCUAAUGCCCCCCUCUGCACUUCCUCAGAACUCAAACUAGAGUUGCUGCUAAAGCAGACCAUGCCCUUUCAUAUCUCAGCACUUUGAAAUGUUGUCCUCUUUCUUCCUCGGUUAAUGAACUGGCUACCAACUGAUUCAACUAAGAACUCUCCUGCAUAGUGCUGAAAACUGGACCCAGCCUCAUUUGUGCCAAGGAUGUGCUCGCUGAGCAUCACUUCCAGCCCUUGCUGCUCUCUUGGAAGGCCGCUGCGGUCCUUCCCACCCUGCACUAUUGCUUGCUAUGGUGGUCCGAAAGAAAAUGGUCCCCACAGGCUCAUCGGGAGUGGCACUAUUAGAAGGUGUGGCCUUGUUGGAGGAAGUGUGUCACUAAAGGUGGGCUUUGAGGUCUUAGAUGCUCAAGCCAGGCCCAGUGUCUCUUUCUGCUGCCUGCUGAUCUGGAUGUAGAACUCUCAGCUCUUUCUCCAGCACCAUGUCUGCCUGCAUGCUGCCAUACUUCUUCCGUGAUGAUAAUGGACUAAACCUCUGAAGCUGUAAGAUAGCCCCAAUUGAAUGUUUUCCUUUAUAAGAGUUGCUGUGGCAUGUCUGAGGCUUUUCUUUGGUUAAUGGUUGAUAUAGUGCAGGGGAGCCAGCCCACUGUAGGUGGUGUCAUCCCUGGGCUGGUAGACCUGGGCUACAUAAGAAAGAUAGCUGAGAAUGCCUAUAAAUGAUGUUUCUCCAUG